CAUCAUGUAAUUCCUUUCUUCCCUCUUUCCUUCGCCAACACACAAUGUCUGGUCAUGACGGGAAACUGACGAUCACUGAGAUAUUCUGGCGGGACCAUUGCACAUGGCUCGAAGAAUACGGCUACAAAUUGCGACCUCGCUUUCAACCAGACUGGACGCCAUCUUGGACAGGGACAAACAAACUGUCCAUGGUAUGUGAGGACAGUCAACGGGAAGUUCGCUCCUACAAUUUUAUGGAUGCUAUGGAUCUGUCCUCUGGAAAGGUGGUCGCGCUGAAGCUCAUCAGACAUCUGGAUAACCCUCAUGAACUGGAAAUCGGCACCUUUCUGUCCAACUCUACGGAUCCUCGUAACCAUUGUGUUCCAAUCCUUCGAAUGCUACCCGUCCCAAAUGAGGACAAUCACACCAUUAUUGUUAUGCCAUACCUACGACCAUGGCAUGACCCCCCGUUCAGGACUGUAGGCGAAGGCAUUCAGUUCUUCAAAGAGAUGCUUGAAGCACUUCAGUUCCUUCACCAUCAUAAUAUUGCGCAUCGCGACGGGGGAUACACGAACAUCUUCAUGGAUGCUACGGAUAUGUUCCCAGAUAGCUUUCACCCCCAGCGUCGGGAUCUGAAAUACGACUAUUCCGGCCCUGCAUCGUACUACCGGCGCACAGAACGGCCACCAAAAUAUUACUUUAUCGAUUUCGGUCUGUCAAAUCGUUACAACGCGGAUGAUCUCCCAGUUGUAGAGCCUGUUCUUGGAGGCGAUCAAACGGUACCAGAGGCCAUCGACAUAACGUCAAUGUGCGACCCAUUUGCUGUCGAUAUAUAUUAUCUUGGCAAUGCGCUGAGAGCCUUCCUUCCCGAGGGUACCACUGCGGACUACAAGAUUCGAAAAGGGCUCCGAGGAAUGAAGUCGUUUGGUUUUAUGAAGCCUCUUGUAAUGGCUAUGGUAGAACCUGACCCUGCAAAGCGCAUCAAGAUCGACGAAGCUGUUGAAAGAUUUACGGCUAUCGAGAAUGGCCUUAGUGCGACGACGCUGCGAGGCCGAGUUGUUUAUAGCAGCGAACCUUUUGUCCUGCGCCCAUUCAGAGCUGUCAGUCACUGGGUGUGGACUCUGAAGCUAAUUGCACGAGGAGUUCCUGCUGUUCCUCAUCAGAGUGCUUCACCUCACUGAAUCCACCAUUCUUGAUCUUGCUUGUUAUUACUUCUGUUUCGCUUAAAGGAAUAUACGUAACUCUACUAUCUACUCGACAUCUUUGGCAACUUUAAUUCUCUGAUUGAGGCAAUGGCGACAGUGUUCGGUAUCUGGCAUCCUUUCCUCGACCUCCUUCAACUAGGAUCUUUGCUCAUCAUUUCCAUCGAUUUGACUAAAAAAGUGUCUGGAAAUGUUCUCAGGUUCAAUGCUGCGUCGAUGACAUGAAAAACAUGACCGGGUCGUGCACUGCGUCAAAAAACUUGAUCCUUUCUAUGCCGACUGUGGUUCGAAGAACCUGACGCCAUUCGGAAUAAUGAUACCGCUCCUAGUCUAUAACUUACCGAGCUCUCGUGGUCUUGGGCGCACGCCGCGCACCUUUGACUCGUUUGCAGAAGGGUAGCGGGUGAUGCCUCUUUCAUCUCAUUUAUUUGUUAUAUCAUAAUUGUCCACAAUUCAUGUGAUUC